AGAGAAAGCGCGAGAAGAUCCCUAUGCAAGAAAAAAUGAUCUAAACACGGAGUGGUUCAAACGAUCUAAAAGAGAUACUGAAUACCAAUUUUGAUUAGAUGAUCCACUUCAAUCCCUCACGGAACCCCUCCAGAAUUCGUAAAGCUGGUAUUGCAUUCUGCAAGCCCCAAACAACUCUUCGCAACUAGUUUUCGUAACUGUUGUUUUUAGAAUUUGCUCAAUCAAUCAACAAUUUUAGAAAAAGCAAAAACACCGUUUUUACACACCACUUCAUCGCUUGAUCGAAUAAGUAGCGACUCUUUGUAUUCUCACGGAAUCAGAUUUCUCCACCGACAUUGCUUUCCUGGAUUUUAUAAUAAACCGACUUUCGACGUUCGAGUUGUCUACAGGGACCUGCGACAUAUCGCAUUUGCAACUUUCUCUUUUCUCAGAUUUCUAAAUAAAUCUAAAUCUUCCUCACUUAAGUCACAAUGGCGCAACAGCAGAAGAACGUCGCGAUCGGUAUCGAUCUUGGUACAACCUACUCCUGCGUCGGUGUCUGGCAGAAUGACAGCGUCGAGAUCAUUGCCAAUGAUCAGGUAUUUUUGUGUGUGAUAUUUGGUGGAUGAUUGAAGGAGACUGUUCUUGUAGUGUGUGAGUAGGAUUCAAUUAUGUAGAAGACAUUCGCCAUCUUGGUGGAGUCCGAUUUUGUGGGACGCGGGGAUGUGAACGCGCAUAACCUUUGAAUCGCAGCGGUGAGUCACGAUUUAGAUUUUCUCAUUCUGUAGCUACUCGUCAUCUGAGCCCAUUUUCAUGAAUGAUUGGAAAUAGCCUGCAACCGACCGAUUCAAACCUACUCCUAACAGGGAAACCGUACGACUCCUUCGUAUGUCGCUUUCAACCCGGAUAACAGUGAGCGUUUGAUCGGUGAUGCCGCGAAGAAUCAAGCAAGCCGAAAUCCUGCCAACACUAUCUUCGAUGCCAAGCGACUGAUCGGCCGAGGUAUGGACGAUACCCACGUCCAGAAGGAUAUGGCUCUCUGGCCUUUCAAGGUAUUUUCUUAUUCGGUUCUGCACUGAUUUCCAUAGUGGACCGAAAAGCCGGCGUCCGGUGGAACCUUCCCUUCUUGCUAUGUGCAUGUGGUAUGUCCGACCUACCUUUGAUAUUGUUGGUUCAUCUUUUUUUCACAAGAAGACGUCCCUAUUAAGCACAAGAAAUGUAAAAUCUUGAAUUAAUCAGGUUGUCGGGGAUGACGAGAACAAGCCGAAGUUGGAAGUCCAGUUCAACAAGGAAACGAAGGAAUUCUACCCAGAGGAAAUCUCCGCUAUGGUCUUGACGAAGAUGAAGGAGAUCGCUGAGGCUUACGUUGGCAUUCCGGUAUACUUCUCAUUGUACAGUAGAGCUGUAGAUGCAGCUUAGACAUAAUUUGAAGGUGUUUUACAGUUUUCUCGAGUGUCCGUGGACAGAUAUUUGGAGAGUUGUUCAUCACCGUCGGUUUUUUUUACAUUUUUCUUUAGCGUGUUUUCACAUUUGUGUGCUGUUCCUAGCUGAGACAACCCUUGACGCGGGUCAGAAGCUUGUUAAUCGUGUGUAUGUCUUCAGGUUACGGAUGCCGUUAUCACUGUGCCGGCAUACUUUAACGACGCCCAGCGUCAGGCCACCAAGGAUGCUGCCGCCAUUGCGGGUUUGAACGCCCUCCGAAUCAUUAACGAGCCGACCGCAGCUGCCAUCGCUUACGGUUUGGACAAGAAGGGAGAGAAGGCAACGAACGUCCUCAUCUACGACAUGGGUGGAGGUACCUUCGAUGUCUCCCUCCUCAAGAUCGAGGACGGAAUCUUCGAAGUCAAGGCUACCGCCGGUGAUACCCAUUUGGGUGGUGAAGAUUUCGACAACAAGUACCAAUAGGCAAUUUUUUGUCCUGGCAUUCUGUAAAGCCACUCUCUCGAAAUCUAGACGGUCUUAUCAAUAGAGCUCGUUUAGGUGUUUUCCGAGAAAUCAUGUGUUGUUAUAGAAUUGUGCACAGCUUUGCGCAAUAUGGGAUAGCAAAAAAUCAACUCCCACUCGAAACACUAUAAACUUGAUCAAUGAAUCGCCAAUCAGGAUCGUCGAGUACUGCUUGAAGGAGUUCACCCGUAAGAACAAGGAUGUCGAUAUCUCUGGCAACCACCGUGCCCUUCGUCGUCUGCGGACUCAGUGCGAGCGUGCCAAGCGCACCUUGUCCGCCAACACCAACGCCACUAUCGAGAUCGACUCUUUGGCCGAAGGUAAUUUUUAGACUAAGCUCUGUUUCUCGCAUUGCCUUAUUUCCACAGAAAGUCUUUCAUUUUACUCGUUUCCGGUCCUACGCAGAGUAUUAACCAUGAUCUUCACGACCAGCAGCGCGAACGCACUACUUCGAUGAUGUGGAACAUUUUCUCACAAUGUGUACAUAGUGGUGCUCUUCCUCAAUGCGUCUCCAAAUAACCAAUGCAGGCAUCGACUUCAGCUGCAACUUGUCUCGUGCCAAGUUCGAGGAAUUGUGCAUGGAGUACUUCAAGGGAUCCAUGAUUCCGGUCGAAAAGGUCCUCAAGGACGCGCAGAUCAAGAAGGAUGCCAUCUCCGAGGUUGUCCUUGUCGGUGGUUCCACCCGUAUCCCGAAGGUACUUUCUUACUUCGGUUAUAACACCUCAUUCGAAAUCACAUGAUCAUCUAGUCUGAGGAAAUGUUGGCGGAUUUACCUGUGCAAUAUCACCAGUCGGGUUAUCUUGCUUUAUGUGACCAAUGAACAGGUCCAGGAGCUUCUGGAAGUAUUCAUGGACGGCAAAAAGCCAUGCCGCAGCAUCAACCCGGAUGAGGCAGUCGCUUAUGGUGCCACCGUUCAGGCAGCCAUCCUCAACGGUGAGGGCGGUGAAGCGUGCAAGGACUUGUUGCUCCUCGAUGUGACUCCGCUUUCGUUGGGUCUCGAGACCACUGGUGGCGUGAUGACCAAGAUCAUUGAGCGUAACACCACCAUUCCGUGCAAGAAGAGUGACAUGUUCACCACUGACGCCGAUAACCAGACCUGCGUCGAAGUGUGCAUCUACGAAGGUGAGCGUUACAAGGUCAAGGACAACAACUUGUUGGGUAAGUUCAACCUCGACGGAAUUGCUCCCGCACCGCGUGGUGUUCCGCAGAUCGAAGUCACCUAUUCCCUGGAUGCCAACGGUACUAUAGCACUAACUUCCUUCACCGCGCCGUCCAAAUCAAAACUAGUGUAGUUUUUGCGCAAGUUUCAAAUCAGGUUAUGCUUUUGUCAAGCUUCCACGACAGGAAAGCGUAUCUAUGUCUUGACGAAGGACAGCAUCAAACUCCGGUUGAAAACAAAUGAAUCAACAUUUUUUUAGGUAUCCUUCACGUUACCGCGAAGGACAAGGCGUCCAGCCGCAAGGGUGAGAUCAAGAUCAACAACGAUAAGGGACGACUCACGCAGAGUGAUGUUGACCGUAUGGUCGCUGAGGCCGAAAAGUACAAGGCCGAGGAUAUGGCACAGAAGGAGCAGACGCAAGCCAAGCAGGAAAUCGAGAAUUACUGCUAUCAGGUGUUGGAGGCCGUUGAGAACGACAGCCUCAUGGAGAAACUUUCCGACGAGGAAAAGAUCAAGCUCGAAUCUACCUGCCAGGAGGUACAGCUUUUUUUUGAAUAACCUGGACAUCCAUUUCCAUUACCUUUCUGAGGAUCGUAGUUUUGCCAAAAACACACUGAGGAAGACGAAUGGUGACGAACAACUAUGUUCACGAUUACGCUCUUAUCGUUCGAUAUAGAAUAUCAUUCUUGCUAUGAUGAUGUUAAAAUCACAAUCAGGCACUCGAAUGGGUCGAGCACAACAAGGAAACUUCCGCUGCUGAGCUCCUCGCCAAGAAGAAGGAAUGUGAGUCCGUCUUGAAACCCCUUAUGACGAAGAUGUACGCUGUCAAGGAAGACAAGAGCCAGAAGAAGAAGGCUGGUGGACGCCGCCGCUAAGCGACCUCCUUGUGAGGUGCAUCGUUACCCACGCAAAUAUUUCCUUGCCCUUUCGGACUAGUUGUGGAGAAGAAAAACGGAAGAAUUUUUCCGAAGUAAUGAAGCCAGAUAGUUUUUUGAUCGAGUCACACCGCAUGCGUGACUGAUUUAGAUGGAUUACCAUUGCAAUGAUUUAGAAAAUCGUGAGAACGUGAACGUAGCAUGACCUGCAUGAAAAUAAUGGCUGCACGUCGUACGAGGUGGGCCGCGCUUCCAGCGGUUGGAGAAAGUGCCUAGGCGUUGUUUCGCGCAAGAUAUGAUUUGAAUAAGCUAGUGCAUGCCGCCUGCCGUACGAAAGAUUGUUUGGGAUCGAUGAAUAAAAAUGAUGACGAUGUUGAGUUAGAGGGCUUGUGAAAGGUAUAAGGGUCUGCGUCAGCUCCUCAAGAACUGUGUCGACUACGGUGACACGCAAUGCAUGAAUUUUUUACCGAGUGCUGUUUGCAUUAUUAUGAUUGAGUAUGUCCCGCAGCACGAAUGAAAACACGGAAAAUGCAACUCUUAUGGACUGAUCUCGGGUAUUUGACGGGCUCGAAGUAUUGCUUAUACCUCUUUUCUAUGGGAUGCGAUCAUGAUUUCUUGAUGUACCAAUAUUUCGUUGGAAAUUGUUGAGCACACUACAAACUGCACUCGUCUUUGGAAGAAGAGCGCUCUGCAGGGGGGGUUUAGUUUUUCAAUUGUGUGUAAAUGUACAGCCAUACGAAAUGAAUCCGUACGCUACACAUAAAUUGCAUUCAAGAACGACAUAAUAAUACGUCCUGAUUGUCCUACUUCGCUAUGAUUAUUACUAUGUACUAAAAAAGGUGGAAGUGGAUGGGGAGAAGAACCGAAUUUAUUAUGUUCUCAUGAAUACUUAAACAGCCGACUUGUGUGAUAACAUAUCACGCGAGAAAGUACGAAGACUACGCAGAGAAUGGGCGCUAGAGUGCAUCGCGUUAUUUGACGACAAGAAAAGAAGGAAAGACGCUAGCAGCCUACCUGCCUGCCUCAGAGGAGACCGCCCAACGAGGCACAUUCUG